AUGCACCGGCUAAAAGUAAUUUCAGGACAUUUGUGUCCGCCGUCUUCGGGGGAAAAACGGACCGUGUGGCCCAACGAGUGCGCCGCGACGGCGGGCGACAGGCCAGACGACGUGGUGGUCGUACACGGCCUCAGGACUCCCAUUGGAAAGGCCAAGCGAGGAGCUUUAAAGGACACAACACCUGAUGAGUUGCUGAGCACCGUAAUGAGCGCCGUACUGCGAGAUGUGGGCGUGCCGCCUCAUCUCCUGGGUGACGUGUGCGUGGGAAAUGUGCUGCAGCCUGGCGCCGGAGCCGUGAUGGCCCGUGUGGCCCAGUUCCUCAGCGGCUUCCCAGAGUCAGUUCCUGUGUACACCGUUAACAGGCAGUGCUCGUCCGGAUUGCAGGCCAUCCUCAACAUUGCAGGUGCCAUCCGGAGCGGUGCCAUUGACUUGGGCCUCGCAUGUGGUGUGGAGAGCAUGUCUCUGCAAUCCAUGGGCAAUCCUGGCGAUUUGAGCUCCAGGCUGGUGGACAACGACAAGGCCAGAGAUUGCCUCAUCCCCAUGGGCAUGACUUCAGAGAAUGUCGCAGAGAGAUUUGGGAUCUCUCGAGAGAAGCAGGACGCCCUUGCACUCUCUUCCCACCAAAAGGCGUCACAGGCGCAGUCGUCAGGCGCCUUCGAUGAUGAGACGGUGGCCGUCGUCACCAAGGUUCUGGACGAGGAUGGCAGAGAGCGACAGGUGACGGUGGCCAAGGACGACGGCAUUCGGCCGGGAACCACGAUGGACGUGCUCGCCAAACUGCGACCUGCCUUCAAACCCGAUGGCACCACUACAGCGGGCAACUCGAGUCAGGUUAGCGACGGCGCGGCGGCCGUUCUGUUGGGGCGCCGUUCCGCGGUUGAGGCGUUGAGUCUGCCGAUCCUCGGAGUCCUGAGGGCUAGCGCCGUGGUGGGAGUCCCGCCAGACGUCAUGGGCAUCGGACCUGCCGUCGCCAUCCCGGAGGCGCUACGCAAGGCUGGUUUAAGCAUGGACGACAUAGCGGUGUUUGAGAUCAACGAAGCGUUCGCCAGUCAGGCGGUGUAUUGCGUGGAAAAGUUGGGAAUCCCCUGGGAGAAGGUGAACCCCAACGGUGGAGCCAUCGCCUUGGGGCACCCGCUGGGCUGCACGGGUGCGCGGCAACUGGUCACCUUGUUGCACCACCUCAAACGACAACGGCGAAGGGCGUACGGUGUGGUGUCCAUGUGUGUGGGAACGGGUAUGGGCGCGGCCGCCGUCUUCGAGUAUCCUGGCCCGUGA